GAGUUUGUUUUGAGCAUGCGUUGAAAUACCACAGUGCCCCGUGUGUAUGUCCGUGUGGUGCUAUAUAAUAGAGAAACAUCGCUCCGCUCGUCUCCUGCUCAUCACAUAAGCCAGUCUAGUCAGAAGACUCUGUCCUGCCGAAGGUGUUUGUUCAGAGAAAGCCGCUGUUUCUGUAUUCACCCUCGGUAGUGGUCAAGUAGGACACUCAGAGCUGCUACAAGGUAUACCACGACAGAACACAAGGGGAAAUUACAGAAGAGGAAAACGAUUCGUUUCCUCCCGGAAAGAAGAAAAAGUUACACUGGGUUGGGACAGUGUGAAGUUUAACCCCUCCCACACAGAUGCUUCCGGCCGACCUGAUUGGUGGGAGUGAUGUGGGAACUAGAUGACCUGGCUGGCCAAUCAGUGGAGCAUGCGAGUGUGCUGACAGCCAGAGCAGCAGUGUUUCUACCAGAGCGUGAGAGUGAGUGGAGGAGAGGAACGGAGCAAGAGGGAGAGGAGCAGGAGGAGGAGGACGAGGCAGAGGAGCGAAGGGGAGGAAUGGGUGUUGGUAAAAACACCACCCCCAAAUCCAUGGACUCCGCCGCAGAGCCUGGCAAAUAUGAGGAGGAGAACAAACACAGUGCACACUUCUAUCCCAUCCCAGUGGUUAAUGGUGUCAUGCAGACCCCCGGAGAUCAGGACACAGAGGACACGCAGCUCAUGGCCAUUUAUACAAAAGACAGCCAGACUGAGGACAAAUGCUCCAUAUCAGAGACUGUGGACAGUACAGACAGCACAGAUGCAAGGAGAAUGGACAUGAUAUACACCAUAGAGGACACACCACCUUGGUACCUGUGUGUGUUCCUAGGUUUACAGCACUAUCUUACCUGCUUCAGUGGAACUAUCGCUGUGCCCUUCCUGCUUGCUGAGGCCAUGUGUGUGGGAUUUGACCAAUGGGCAACCAGUCAGCUGAUUGGCACCAUUUUCUUUUGUGUGGGCAUCACCACCCUGCUGCAGACCACCCUUGGCUGCCGGCUUCCAUUGUUCCAGGCUAGUGCUUUUGCUUUUCUUGCCCCUGCAAGAGCCAUCCUUUCACUGGAUAAGUGGAAAUGUAACGCAACAGCUUUUCCUUUAUUAAAUGCCACAGAGCUGCCACACACAGAAGACAUCUGGUACCCCAGGAUACGAGAGAUCCAGGGUGCUAUAAUAGUCUCAUCUACAAUAGAGGUGAUAAUAGGGGCCUUGGGUUUGCCAGGUGUCCUGUUGAAGUACAUUGGCCCACUCACCAUUACCCCUACUGUCACUCUCAUUGGGCUCUCGGGCUUCCAGGCGGCUGGAGAGAGGGCAGGCAAACACUGGGGCAUCGCCAUGCUAACCAUAUUCCUGGUGCUGCUGUUCUCUCAGUAUGCACGUAACAUCCAGUUGCCGCUCCCCAUCUACAAAUCCAAAAAAGGUUGGACAUCAUACCGCCUGCAGCUGUUCAAGAUGUUCCCAAUCAUCAUGGCGAUCCUUGUGUCAUGGUUUCUGUGUUUCAUCUUCACGGUGACUGACGUGUUUCCUCCUGAGAAGGACAAAUAUGGGUUCUACGCCCGAACAGACGCCCGACAGGGCAUCCUGGCAGUCGCUCCCUGGUUUAAGAUACCCUACCCCUUCCAGUGGGGGAUGCCCACAGUGACAGCAGCAGGGGUGAUUGGAAUGAUGAGUGCUGUGGUUGCCAGUAUUAUAGAGUCCAUAGGAGACUAUUACGCCUGUGCCCGUCUCUCCUGUGCCCCGCCUCCACCUGUACAUGCUAUUAACAGAGGGAUCUUCAUGGAGGGUCUUUCCUGUGUUCUCGAUGGCAUCUUUGGGACAGGAAAUGGCUCCACAUCUUCUAGCCCAAAUAUUGGAGUGCUGGGCAUCACCAAAGUGGGCAGCAGGCGGGUAAUUCAGUAUGGGGCAGCACUGAUGCUGCUACUAGGAAUGGUGGGUAAAUUCAGCGCUCUCUUCGCAUCAUUGCCGGACCCUGUUCUGGGGGCGCUGUUCUGCACUCUCUUCGGCAUGAUCACUGCUGUUGGCCUUUCCAACCUGCAAUUUGUGGAUCUCAACUCAUCCCGCAAUCUGUUUGUCCUUGGCUUCUCCAUCUUCUUUGGCCUGGUCCUACCCAGCUACCUCAAAGGAAACCCUCUAGUCACUGGUAUAGUGCAGAUAGAUCAGGUGCUGAACGUUCUGCUCACGACUGCCAUGUUUGUCGGAGGUUCAGUGGCGUUUGUGCUGGAUAAUACUAUUCCUGGCACCCCGGAGGAAAGGGGCAUCCAUAAGAUGAAUCGUGGAAACAGCGUAUCUAAACGGGACAGAAUGGAGUCUUACGACCUUCCGUUUGGUAUGGACUUCCUGCGGCGCCAUCGCAUUUUCCAGUACCUCCCAAUCAGCCCCACUUUUGCUGGCUACCAAUGGAGCGUCCUCACCCAUGGCUGCCAUAACAGAAGAGAGGACGACAUGCCAACAAAGCCAGAAGUGGGAGAAAGUGGGGAGGUGUGA